CAUUACAGUCUCCCGCUGGCUCUUCUCUUAGUUUCGGGCCUUUAUUGCCAGUGAAAAACGGAGGCAAGAGCUGAGCUCCACCGUUCCCAGCGGGAGACCUAUUUCAUUUCCUUGUAGGACGAUCGGUAUAUACGAAAAACCUCCGGAUUGUGAAUGGAUCAGCUGUGAGGAAAUGAUUGCUUCCCCCCCUUCUGAAACUACGCAUGCGUCGGCGGGGUUUUGGCGCCUUCUUUUGUCUUUUCAGAGGAAGUUGUUUCUGAGGUGACUUGGAACCCAGCGAUACCGGGGUGGCGCUUCGCUUCUUUGCUUGGCCAUCUUCCUUUCAUCCGUUGAUUAUAUAUUUUUUUUGCCCUCAACUACAUUUCCGCAGGGCUGCUCUUCUGAGGUUCUUCUUAGCUCAGAAGAAACUCCCUGUCCCAUGAAGAGAGACACUGAGACUUUCUUAAUUGUAUUAGCAGUGCAAUGGAAAAGAAAAAUGUUGAUAUAUCUGCGAAGAAACCAUCUUUGUUUGAAAUAUUCAAAACACAAUACAGUGAAUCAGACCUAGGACCAAUAAGUCUCAAUUGGUUUGAAGAACUCAGUUCAGAAGCUCCACCUUUUGAUGUGAAAAUAACAGAAGACCCUUUAUACAAAACUAUGGAUCAAAAUACUUUCAAAACCCCAAAAGGGAAAUUGUCUAUGAAUAACUCAUCAGUAUCAACUCCCAUGAUUUUUAAAGACCGGAAUAAAAAUUUAAAAACAUCUACUUCUCCUGUAGAAAAAUCAGCUCAGUCCAGUGAAGAAACAGGUAAAACUUACAGUGAAAUGCCUAGGCUGAGAACACAAGUGGAUGAAUCAAAUGAAGGAAUGAAUCUUUCUCGUUCCUGUGUGAUUGCAAGUCCGGUCAUACAAGAAAAACAAAAAAAUAAAUAUGUACUAAAUGAAAGUUUAUUACAAACACCCAAGAUUUUUGAGGUUCAGACACAGAAAUGCAUUUCUGAGAGCUUGGGAGCAGAAGCAGAUCCUGAUAUGUCUUGGACAAGUUCAUUAGCAACACCACCUACACUUUCUCCAACUGUCAUAAUAGAAAGAAGAAAUGAUUCCGUUUCUGGAACAAAGAUUCAUAAUGAAAUAAUUGAUAUUACCAUGUGUGGCCUUUUUUCCAAACAUGGAAAAAGUCUCAAGAGCAAUAAUAUUAAUAGGCAAUCUUCAUCAGGAAUUGAAAUUUCACAUGCAGAAAUGGACAACAAAAUCCACACUCUUGAAAGUUUUUUAAAUGAAUCUUUUGAUAAGAAUGCAUUUCCUGUUGAGCUACAAGGAUCCCAAAAGCCAUCAAAUGUACCAAAGGAUGAAGAUAAUCAUGGUGGAAUGAGUGAUUUUUCUCUGAACAUUGCCAGCAGCAGUGUUUUUCUUAAAAAAAUUAAUUCGGUUGAGGAGAAUAAAAAAGCUCUUUUUUAUGAAAAAAAUCAUGAUGAACUUGAAAAAGAACAUGAAAUGAUUAAGGCUUCUAAUGAAACAAAAUUUGAAAGAAAGUUAAAAUCUUCUAAAUGUAACUUGAAUACUAAUGUCCCAAAAAUACAGAAUGCAAUGAAUAGAAAGGAGAAUAUGACAUCAUCUUUGCUUUGUCCGUGGUCUCAGUUGGACUUGUCUGGUUUUGAACUAACGCAGCUUGAAAAAAAGUUCGUAAAGAGCAUUAGUUCAUCUUCUACCUUACAGGUCAAGAAAACUUCUCCAGGUAGUCCAUCAUCUAUUGAAAAAAAAUGCAGUAGUCCUAAAAUAUUAAAAUCAUCUAUGUUAAACACACCAUGUGUAAUACAACAUGGUAAGAUGAGUUCUCCAGAAAAGUUAUCCGUUUCUGAAAACUCACCUUUAUUGAUUAAGAAUGAUUCAGUGUCAUUGAAACAUGCUGAGGAUGAGGAGUUUUUUUCUGUAAAUUUUUCAAAGAAUAAUUAUUUCUUGAUGAAUAGAACUUUAACAGAAUCCUCAGAAGUCCAAAGUAUUCACUCUGAUUUCUCAAGAAAAGAUAAAAGUUCUUCAGGCCAUCAUGUUUCAAAUCAAGGUGCUAGUGAUGGCAGACAACACACAAAAUCAAGCUUGAAAAAUAUUAGCUCACUUUCCAGUUUGAAAAGGCGACCCAAAAAAUUCAUAUAUGCUCUAAACAAUUCUCUAGUUCAGCGGGAAAAAGGAACCACCCAGAGAGAUGGAUCUCUUACUUGUUUUGUGCCAGUAUGUACAAAUUUAGAAACUGGUACCUCUGAACUUUCUGAAAUCCUAAUCAAGAAUGAAGGACAAAUUGAAACUGCUGAUCAUUCCACAAAAGAAAGAAAACAAAUAGAUUCUGAAAAAUGCUAUACAUCUACUAACAUGUUAUAUGAAACUAAAGGUAGUAACAAGUCAAAUAUUGAACAUAACACUAGUGAUAGCUCAGCACUACUUCUAAAAAAUAAUAUGAAGAAAGAAGCUGUAAUGUUUUCCAGAGAUCUUGCUGCUAAUUAUCAAACAGAGGUAACUGAAAAAGGAUUCCAUGAAAUCUGUCACAGCAAUACUUUGGUGGAUAGAAAGACUGAUUUCACAAAUUAUAGUUCAUCCCAAGAAGCACUUAUUGAAGCAUGUACAGUGCCAAUGCAAGUAUCAGAAACAGAAAAUAAACAAGUAACCUUGGAAUUAACGGCACAACUUUUGGACAGUGGCAUUCAUUCAACGAAAGCAUCAAAAUCUAUAACUAUGCUAUUGGAGCAAGAAAUGGAUACAAAACUGUCUCCAUUACUAAGUUUAAAAGAAGGCGCACAUGGUGAUAAGCAGAGAGAGUUAGAAUGUCUUUGUCUUGGGAAAAUCCAGAAAGGUUUUAAGACUGCAUCUGAUAAACAGAUAGUGCUAUCUGAUGAUAAAAUCAGAAAAGGCAAAUUACUGUUCAAGGAUAUAGAAGAUCGACUUCUUGAAGACUUUCAGAAUGAAGAAAAGAGUGCUAUUUCAAGUCAAAAUAAACAGGAAAAUGCUGAGAAUUUUUCAGUUGGACAAAAUGAACUAAAUUCACAUGUUUCUGAUUCUGUGGUAAAUUUUAUUCACUCAGAUGAUACGAAAAUUGGUUUUCCUGAAUAUGGCAAUAAGUCUGUUCAAAAUGUUCUUAAAAAUCAGCACCCUGAAGAAAAACACAAUUUAACCGCAAGCCAAGUAGCUGAAAUUACUGAACUUUCUAAUAUAUUGGAAGAAACAGACAGUCAAUUUGAAUUUACCCAGUUUAGAAAACACAAGACUAUGAUGUACAAUAACACUAACGAGACUAGAUGUUUGGAUAAAAAAUGUUUAAAUUCUAAGAAUUGUAAAGAUAUGGGAUUUGUGGACAAUCCAGGUGAUAAUCAGUCCUCCUUUAAGCAUAUAGAUACUUGGGAACGUAAUACUGACAGACAAAGCAACAACCACAUUAUAUUGCUGGAAUCAAACAGAAAAGAAAAUAAUUGUUUUGUUCCAGUUAUUUCAGAUCCUUUACAGUCUGAUCUGGGAAAUCAUAGUUCAGUUAAGAACAAAGAUGAGAUUACAAGAAGAGGUACAGAAUUAGCCAGCAAUAAGAAAGGAAUGGGUGAAAUAUUGAACUCCUAUAAAAUAAAAAUGAAUGGUUCAAACAAAUGCAGUAGUUGGCAUAUGCCUAUGAAAGAAAUAGAUAUUGAUUGGCCCCAGAAAGCCAAAAAAGGAAACGCUGAAUAUAUAAUACAAGGUACCACAAAAGAUACAACAAUUGCUUUUGUAAAAGAAAAUACAGAAAAUAAGUUAAAAGAUGUGGACUGCCAUAAAGAUAGUGUUGUCCAGAUUACUAGCACCACAGAAGUAAACUUGAAAAUUAUUCAAAAAUAUUCUGUACAUAUAUCAGAAAAUGAAUUGUUAUCCACUAAAAAUCAAAAUGCUUUAUCCGUACAUUUUGUAAAUUGUGGGAAAACUUGCUGUAACAAUAAUUGCCCAGAAACUUUGUCUGAUCUAACAUGUUUAGUUGAAGUUGCUAAAACUGAAAAAAAUAAUACUUGGAAUGAUGCAGGUGCAAAAGAAAGCUUUAUUUCAGAACAAGAGGAAAAAGUAAAUAAGCCUGAAAAACAAUAUUUUCUACAGAGCGUUCACACUGUUACUGAUGGGAAUACAUUUGCAGAAAAAAGUAAGAGACUUAAUUUGUUGACAGGUUCUGAUAUACAGGAAGAGAUAAAUAAUAUGUCCUACUGCAAAAGGAAGACAAAUGCUAGACAUAAACAAGUUAUCCCUUCUAUGAAUGAGAGUACAGAAUUAAAUCAGACUGAAAUCUUUUUGGGGUGCAACCAUAAGAAUGUCUCUGAAAACAGGGAAAAGCAAACUGAUGGUUUUCAUACAGCUAGUGGUAAGCAAAUUACAUUUACUGACAAAUCUUUACUUAAAGCUAGGCAUCUUCUUUCAGAAGAAGCUCUCUGUGGAAAUAUGAACAAUACUGGUAGUCUUAUAAAAUUUAGUGUUGAAGAUUCAGUUAAAAAGAAUUUUACAUUUGGAGAAGGAGGUGAAAAAUGUAGAGAAAUUGGACAUUCUAAAGAUAAUUUUGAAGAUUCUUUGGGAGUGCUGUCAAACAUGGUUAAACAGGGUUUAAAGAGUGGACUGAUCUUUAAAGGACUGGCCUUGAACAUAAAUGCAUCUGAAUCAUAUUUUCAUGGAGGGAAAAAAAUCAGUAUUUUGAAAGAAGCAUAUAAAAAUCAAGAUUGGAUGACAUCAAAAUGUGAUUUACAUUUACUGGAUACUGGUACCUUACAGAAAUAUCCAACUAAUGAAGCGAGAACCUCAACUUCAAAACAAUCGAAAGUUAAUCCACCUGCAUUCAGUUUCAAAACUGCAAGUGAUAAAACUGUUAAAGUUUCUCCAAAGGCAUUAAAAAAUGCCCAACAAUUUCUUCAUAAAAACUACAGUAACUUGUUGGGAAGUUCUUUGGAUGCUUUUGGCAGUAAAAACUGCAUUACUUCUGGUUACUUGAAUGUAGAGGAGAUGCCGAUGGGAUAUUUGGAUGUAUCCCAGUUUCCUACAACCAAAGAAUUAUGUAGAACUGCCCAAACAUUACCAUGUGCUAUGCCCAUGGUAGUGGACACUGUCUUUGAAACAAAUCGUGAAACUUCAGAUAAAAGUUUUGAAAUGGGCAAGUGUUUUAAUACCUGGGUUUCUACCAAAGGAAACUGCAUAUCAGAUUUUUCUACCAAUAAAUGUAUGUUUUUUAGCACGGCAAGUGGCAAGCCUGUUCAGUUAUCUAAAGAAUCGCUGAAUAAAGCAAGACAAUUUUUUUCUGAAAUUGAACCUAAUUUAUCAGGUCAUCAGAAUUUUGUUUCAGAUGACAAUUUCAGCUGUAAUAAGAUACAUACAGUGAAGAACAUGAAUGCAUCUGAGUCAGAUGUUAAUGCAGGAACUAAUGCCAACAUAUCUGGAGAAACCUGUCAAAAUGAAAAUUGGAUGACACCAAAGUGUAGCUCACAUUUCUUGGAUAUUAGUACCUUAGAGAAAUCAUCAACUAAUGGAGAAAAAGACUCCCCUUCAAAACAGUUGAAAGCUAGACCAGCUGCCUUUAGUUUCACCACAGCAAGUGGUAAAACUGUUAAUGUUUCUCAGAAAGCAUUAAAAAAUGCCCAACACUUUCUUCAUAAAAACCUCAAUAACUUAGAAUCUCAGUCUGAAAUAAAUAAAGGUAACACCUUUGGAAGUUCUUCUGAUGCUUGUGGUAGCAGGGACUGUAUUGGUUCCAGCUAUUUGAGGGUAGAGAAGAUUCCAACAGAAUAUUCAGGCCUGACCCAAUUUCCUGUAACCAAAAAAAUUUGUGAAAGCUCCCAAGCAUUAUCAUGUGUUGUACCCAAAUCAAUGGAAACUGUUCCUGAAUUAAAUUGUAAAGCUUCAGAUGACUUUAUUGAAAUGCAUACGUGUUCUGAUACUCGAACUUCCAACAAAAAGAAAUGCAAAUCAGACUUUUCUACUGACAACUGUGGGUUUUUUAGCACAGCAAGUGGUAAGCCUGUUCAGUUAUCUAAAGAAUCACUAAAGAAAGCAAGCCUACUUUUUUCUGAAAUUGAAUCUGAUUUAUCUGUUUAUCAGAAUUCUGACCCAGAUUGCAAUUAUGAUUAUAACACUGUGAAUUCUAACAGAAAAAAAAUAUUUCCCAGAGAAAAUAAAUUACAUAUAUCCCAAAGGAGGGAAAAUCCAAAUGUAGAAGAACAUUCAGGCAUUCCAUGUGAUUUUAAUAAAGCAUGUGGAAAACAGGUAAAGAUUUCUCACAAGGCUCUUCAAAAUGUUAUGGGACUUUUAAAAGAAUUUGAUGAUAUCAAUGCAAGUGAUUUUUUUGUUGAUGAAAGUUUAAACCAAACUCAUAAUUCUCCAAUAAAAACUCCCAUUACAAAAGUUAAACAGGAGCAUGAAGCUAAUUCGUCAUCUAAAUUGAAGGAGAAAUGCAAAACCAGAGAAAAUCUGAAUGAAAACAAAACUAUUAAAUCCUUGCUAAAUAUUGAAAUACCUAUGUCCAUCACUUCUACUGAGAAAUACAAGCAACCAGCAGAAUUCAAAAGAAGGUUUUCAUGUUCAAAAGAAUUAACUGAACCUUUGAAGAUAACACAACCAUGCCAAAGCAGAGUCAGUACUAAAUAUGCCUCAGAAGGGAAUCUGGAUUGUUUUUGUCCUGCUUAUUCCCAAACUUCAGAUAAUUACUCAGAUGUAGAAGCUUCAGAAAGUGCAAAAGCUUUCAUAGAAGAUGACGAUUUCACUGAUUCAGAAGUACAAAGAAACAUUCAAAAAUCUAUCUUGACAGCUAAUAAUUCUCUGUUACGUACAAGAAGUGGGAAACGACAUCUGGAAAAAGAAAACACAUUUGGACAACCUCCUAUUAAAAGAAAACUGCUGCCUGAAUUUGAACAAUCCGAAAAAUCCAGUAGAUCACCUUUCAAAUCUUCUCCUUAUGACAUAACAAAAAUGACAACAUAUCUUCAGUAUGCCAGAAAUUUACAACAAAUGAGAAUUACAAAGAAACAAGAUCAAAUAAUUCAUCCACAACCAGGCAGCUUGUACCUUGUAAAAAGAUCUUCCGGUCUUUGCAGAAUUCCCUUAAAAGCUUCAGUCAAAGAGAAAUUGCCUGACUUUUAUUCCAGUGAACAGUUGUAUGUUUUUGGCGUUUCCAAGCAGUGCAUAAAAAUUAAUAGCACAAACGCAGAAGAUUUUCAAUUUCUCAUCCAGGAUUUUUUCAGUAAAAAAUAUUUUCUAGAAGACCAUGGAAUACAGUUGGCUGAUGGAGGAUAUAUUAUUCCUAAUGAUGAGGGAAAGGCCGGAAAAGAAGAAUUCUUUUGGGCUUUGUGUGACACGCCUGGUGUAGAUCCCAAUCUAAUUUCCAAAGCCUGGGUUUAUAACCAUUAUAAGUGGAUUGUAUGGAAACUGGCAGCUAUGGAGGUUGCAUUUCCACUGCAUUUUGCCAGUAAAUGUUUGACACCAGAAGGAGUAUUACUUCAGCUAAAGUUCAGGUAUGAUAUAGAAGUGGAUAAAAGUCAACGAUCAGCCAUCAAAAGAAUAACAGAAAGGGAUGAUGUUGCUGGAAAAACAAUCAUACUGUGCAUCUCUAAAAUUAUAUCACUUAGCACAAAUAUGCCUCACAGUGCUGACAGCAAAAGCACCACUGAGGACAAUAAAAAAGAAGUGGCAAUCAUUGAAGUUACAGAUGGUUGGUAUGGAAUUAGGGCAGUCUUGGAUCCUCCUCUUCAGUCACUAUUAUCUAGGCAGAAGCUUACAGUUGGCCAGAAAAUUGUUGUACAUGGAGCAGAACUUGUGGGAUCUCAGGAUGCAAGCACUCCUUUAGAAGCACCAGAAACUCUGAUGUUAAAGAUUACAGCUAAUAGUACUCGACGUGCUCGAUGGUAUGCAAAAUUAGGAUAUUAUCGUGAUCCUCGGCCAUUCUCUUUGCCUUUAUGCUCAUUGUUUAGUGAUGGUGGGACUGUUGGUUGCAUUGAUGUCAUUGUUCAAAGGAUUUAUCCUCUACAGUGGAUGGAAAAACUAUCAACAGGGUCCUGUGUGUUUCGUAACGAUCGAGCAGAACAAAGAGAAGCUGCAAAAUUUGCUGAAAAUCGACAGAAAACGUUAGAAGCACUGUUGGCAAAAGUACAAGCAAAAUUUGAAGAGACUGAUGAUAAAGGCAAAAGAAUACUGCGAUCCCAUGCUCUAACAAGGCAACAGAUACGUGGUCUACAAGAUGGUGCAGAGCUUUAUGAAGCAAUUAUUAAUUCUGCUGAUCCAUCUUAUAUGGAGGGUUUUUUCAAUGAAGAUCAAUUAAAAGCCUUGAAUAGUCACAGGCAGAUGGUCAAUGAUAAAAGGAGAGCCCAGAUAGAGGCAGAAUUCAGGAAAGCUGUGGAAUCUGCUGAGCAAGAGAAAAACAGCUCCUGCAGAAGGGAUGUAUCCAACAUAAUCAAACUACGAAUUGUAGAUUAUGGGACAAAAGAAAACUCAAAAGAAGUUAUACUGAACAUCUGGCGUCCACCCUCACAUGUUUGUAGCCUCUUAAAGGAAGGAGGACGAUAUAGAAUUUUACAGUUAUCUGCAUCUCACUCCAAAGGCAAGUUGAAAACCAGCAAUGUACAGUUAACAGCUACCAAGAAAACCCAGUAUCUACAACUGCCAGUUUCUCAAGAAAGUCUAUUACAAGUUUACAGACCAAGGGAAUGUCUGCUAUAUGAUAAAUUAAUGGAGCCCUCCUUCCGACCACCUUGUUCUGAAGUGGAUUUGGUGGGAUAUGUAGUUUACUUGACAAAAAGAGCAGGCUUUUCUACAUUGGUAUAUUUGUCAGAUGAACAUCAUAAUAUAAUAGCAAUCCAGAUAUGUACAGAUCUCAAGUUGUUUGCUAUUGAAGAUAUAAUCAUUCCAUAUGCAUUGAUCUCUGCAACCAAUCUUCAGUGGCGACCUGAAUUCAAAUCACAAAUUCCCACCCUAUUUGCUGGAGAGCUUUCUGCAUUUUCUUCAAACCCAAAGGAAAAGCAUCUCCAAGAAAUAUUCGAAGAAUUUAAAAAUGCUAUUCAGAACGAUGGCUGCUUUAGCAAAGAGGCACAAUGCAAAGUCAUGAAUUUUCUAAAAUCAGAUCCCUUGCAUUUACUUAAUUUUUCCAAAGAAUGUGGUUUGGAUCCUCCCUGGAAAUGCGAUGCAGGAAAUAAACAAGCAAUUACAAUUCCCAACAGUGAACUAAGACAUCAAAGUCCUUUGACCAUUGGAAAGUUAGACACAAAACCAUCCUUUUCUCUUGGAUCUGCAAAAGUGACACCAGAUUUUCAAGAAACUCCAAAGAACUGUAAGAAACGAAAGGCAAUGGAUCUGCUCAGUCGAGUCCCUUCCCCUCCACCUGUGAAGCCAAUCUGCAUAUUUAUUUCACCACCUCUAAAAAAAGCAUUUCAGCCCCCUCGAAGCAGUUGUGGCCAGAGCAAAACAUCAAUUAAAAAAACUGAAAGAAAGAAUAGCAAACAUCCGCUGCUAAAGUUAAAUGGGGCUGAUUAUGCUCCUGAAACCAAUUUUGUUGCUGAUGAAGAACUUGCAAUGAUAAAUACCCAAGACCUCUUAAGUAAUUUUUCAGAAGAACAAGGAAUUGUAUCUAUGGGUGACACUGAACAUGUGAUAUCCAAUACAUGAUGCUGCAGUUUUUUCAGGCUGAUCAUUCUGUCCAGCCUGCUAAUUAAAAAAAAAGUAUGAGGGAAAUACCCCCCAAAAUUAAUUCCUUUAAAGGAAAACAGAACAAACAGUUCAUUAUGGUGUAGGAAAUGUUACAGAGGCAAAGCAAAUAAUGUCACUGUUAAUAUAGUUUGUAUUUAAUGUGUGAAUUACCUUUUAAAACACUGAACGCUGUAAAUGUUUGUUUAGAUUUGUUUAUUAUAUAUUUUAGCUCAAAACAAGCAUUUUAAGACACUUCAGUAAGAAUAACUUGCAAAUUCCUGAUAUGUAAGCCACACGUACAUUGCUGGGUCAGAAGUUAUUCGUUCCAAAUUUUUAUCUCAAAUAUUCAUCUUAUAUCAAAGUUAGCUUUUGAACAAGUGGCUUAACAGAAGAAUACAUAAAAAGGCUACACAAAAUGAUUUUUCUUGUUUUUCUUUCCUUUCUUAAAGAUGCUGCAUAAACAGCUAUUCUAAACAAUGUUUAGAAAGUCCAAAAUUAUAUGAACAGACACAUGUUGCUUUAUCAAGUUUGAAUAUUAAAAUAGCAUCAAAUUAUCCUCUUCCCUAAAAAAGAAAAUGAUCCUUCAUCCUUUAAUUUUUACAAAUGAGAAUGUCACCUGAUCUGUAACUUAUUUUUUAAAAAAACACGGGGGAAAUCAAUAUAAAUUUUUUUGUGCCAAGAACUGAUUUCUGCAAAAAUAUAUAUUAUUACAGUGAUCUCUAAAUCAUAAUGACAAAAUGUUGCUGAACACUAAUCUAUCUUUAUAAACCAGUAGCAGUUUUCAACUAUGAAUAAAAUGAUCAUUACCUGUAUAAAUUUGUUUGGAUAAAAUAGCCACAAUUUCAUUUUAAAAACUACAUAAUAUCCAUGAUAAAAGAGUUAAAUUCAUUGCAAAUGAUAUGUUAAUUCCUGGCAUAUUUAAUUAUAUCUUCUUAAUUGCUUGAUAUGCUUCACAAAUUUAAUUGGCUUGGGUGCCUAAAAUUGGAACCUGUUGCAAGAUUAGUCUCUCUAAAAUAUAAUAAACAUUUAAAAAAAUAGAAUGUUAUAGCUAAUUUUUAAAGAAUAAAUAAAAAUCAG